CCGGAUGGGCUGGCGUGCUGGCCUGCUGACUAUCGCACGAACAAAUCAAACACUACAGAAGGGGGGGGGAGAGAGAGGUGCUCGAGGAUAUGAAGCGCGAAAUUGGAGGGCAAGGGAGGUGCGCGAAAUGGAAAGAGUGUCACUUGCGCGAAAAAGAAGAAGAAGAAGAAGAAGAAGAAGAAGAAGAAGAAGAAGAAGAAGAAGAAGAAGAAGAAGAAGAAGAAGAAGAAGAAGAAGAAGAAGAAGAAGAAGAAGAAGAAGAAGAAGAAGAAGAAGAAGAAGAAGAAGAAGAAGAAGAAGAAGAAAGAAGAAGAAGAAGAAGAAGAAGAAGAAGAAGAAGAAGAAGAAGAAGAAGAAGAAGAAGAAGAAGAAGAAGAAGAAGAAGAAGAAGAAGAAGAAGAAGAAGAAGAAGAAGAAGAAGAAGAAGAAGAAGAAGAAGAAGAAGAAGAAGAAGAAGAAGAAGAAGAAGAAGAAGAAGAAGAACGUGCGUAACGGCGGAAGCGAGAGGAACGGCGGAAAAAACUAACCAUCGACACCUGAGGGCUGUACUCACU